AUGGCCGCCGCGGGGGCCCUCCAAACGACCGAAAAGAGCGCCCUUUUAUGGCGGUUUGCCGUUCUCCACGAUUCGGGGGUGGUGCAUUUAGUCCAUUAUUCAUGGAACGUCCACGCGGAAAUGGCAAACAAGGGCGACGAUGCGCACACUUUGGUUUCUAUCGCAACGCUUUCGACCGGCCUGACCGCCGGGCGCGGCAUCGUCUGGGCUUCUUGUGUGUAUUUGUUUGCCGCCAAUGAGGAGUCUGUGAUGUGCAUUCAGGUCGAUGAAACUACCAGCGCCUUGGCCUUGAUGGCGAAGAAACGCGUGAAUGUUCGAUGCGUUAGCGGCUUCGCCGUCCGGCGAUUAACGCCCGUCCUCUUCGAUGUGAUGCUUUCCGGACAGGGCCUGGAGUAUGUGCGCUUUCGGACACCGCAAGCCCAAACUCUAAACGUUUAA